CAGUUCCCCAGCACUUCUUCUGCUGCUCCGUCCUCUCACCUACUCAGACCACGCGGCGCCCGCUCGCAGAGAUCGUUGCCGACGCCGGAGCAGCCGUCCCACCUCUGCCGCCUUCACGGAGACUCACGCGUUCGUCGUGAUUGUGAAUGCCACGCGAGGAAUUGAAAAUGGAAGGCCAAGGAUCUGUAGCAGUGACGGUGAGGAAGAUGAAUCUUACUCCAAAGGCUAUUAUCCAUCAGAAGUUCGGUCCCAAGGCAUGUUACACAGUGGAGGAAGUUCAGGAGCCUACACAGAGUGAAUGCCCUGGGUUGUGUAUCCCACAGAAGGGACCGUCUCUUUACCGCUGCAGAUUGGAACUCCCUGAUGUUUUGAUCGUCACCGAUACUUUCAAAAAGAAGAAGGAAGCUGAGCAAUCUGCAGCCGAGAUGGCUUUGAAGAAGCUAGGUAUCCAUCCUGCAACUGAUAAUCCAACUGCAAUGGAUCUAUGUGAUGCCUUAGUUCAACGGCUCAAGUACUUAUUCUCAGAAGAGUUCCUUUCGUCUUCGCAUCCAUUGACUGGUCACCUUAGAGGAGCUUCUCGCAGAGCUGGUGAUCUUUGUGGUUCAGUGCCCUCUUCAGUUUUUGCCACCUUUGACACAAAGUUGAGCAAUAUAUGUAAAUCACUGAAUCCCAAGGUGGAUUCUAAUCCUUUCCUUGCUUUGCCAAUCAUUACAAGUGCUGCGACGAGGUUGUCCUCCUCUGUUUUAGUGUCCGAAAGUCGACUUUCACUUCAGAGACUGAGUCCGUACCCUCCUGAGGUGUUUUACUCCUCUAGUGUUCAACAGUCUGAUUCUUCUGAAAGGAUAUCGGUUGAUGCUAUUUAUAUACCAUCUUCGCUCGAUGAACACGUUCGACAAGUGACUCUUCAUUUGUCUUCAUCUGGUUAUUACAUGGACAUUAUUGCAGAGAAGCUUGGCGUUGAAAAUGGCGAUAGGAUUUUACUGUCAAGGACACUUGGUAAAGCUUCUUCAGAGACUAGAUUAUACUUUGCUGCCCCUGGAUAUCAUCUGUUGGAGGUGUCCUCAGACCCUGGUGCAGUAAAAGACAAUCCCCUAGAAGGAUCAUUAAAUGCAAGAGCAAGUUACUUCUGUGGCCAAGUUGUCCAUGGUGAUGCUAUUAUGGCUUCCCUUGGAUACACUUGGAGGUCUAAAGACCUCUUUCAUGAGAAUUUGACCUUACAAUUGUAUUACAGGUUACUAGUCAGCACAUUUCCAGGUGGAACUUAUAAGUUGUCAAGAGAAGCUGUGCUUGCAGCAGAAUUGCCUUCGCGGUUUACAACAAAAGCAUAUUGGAGGGGUUCAUUUCCAAAAGAAGUUCUCAGUACUUUCUGCCGUCUGCACCGAUUGUCUGAACCUGCAUUCUCUGUUAUAAGUUUGCCUUCACCUGAAAACUGUUUAUCAAGGGUGCACAAAAAGGUGAAACUCAAAGAUACAUCCACAUCAGAAAUGGAAUGUCUGAAUGAGAGACCUACUAAUGCUACUGGUGAGACAGACUCAAUGGAGUCUGGGAGCACUUUUAGAUGUGAAAUAAAGAUAUAUUCCAAGCGUCGGGAUUUGCUCAUGGAGUGCUCACCUACUGAUCUAUAUAAGAAGCAGAGUGAUUCCGUUCACAAUGCUUCUCUGAAAGUUCUCUCAUGGUUGACUGCAUACUUUAACAACUUUGGCAUUCCCUUAGAACAGCUAAGCUCUUAUGGAGAAAACCUUGGUAUCCAACUUUAUCCUGAACUUUUCUUUAGAGAGUUUGUGCUUUAUCCAUAUGUUGGCGAUAAUAGCAUCGGGAGGAAUGCUGAACAAAAACUAUUAGAAUCAAAAUGUGCAGAUAUGUUGUAUUCUCUAUCAGAACAUGGUGUAUUCUCAUUGAGAGUAGAAGGUUGUGAUUCUGGUGCAUAUCCAUCUAAUGGAUCUCUACUGUGUGUAAGCUAUUCUGUUAUUUUAGCAACAGAAGGCAAAGAAAUGAAAGAACUUCUUGAACAGAAGGAUGAGUUUGAGUUUGAGAUGGGCACUGGAGCAGUUGUUUCCUCCCUUGAGGCUGUUGUGACACAAUUGUCAGUUGGUCAGUCUGCUCUCUUCAAUACGAGGCUACCCCCUGAAUAUUUUGUUUUAGCUGCAGGGACUGAUUCUGGAAGGAUACUUUCAUUUAUGUCUUCGCAUAAUUGUUACUUGCAAUAUUCAGUUUCCUUGUUGCAUGUAACUGAACCUCCUGAAGAAAGAAUGGAGCAGGCUCUUUUCAGUCCUCCGCUCUCAAAGCAACGGGUGGAAUAUGCUGUCCAGCAUAUCAGAAAUUCUUCUGCUGCUUCCCUAGUUGACUUUGGAUGUGGAUCCGGAAGUUUGUUGGAUUCACUAUUAGAUUAUCCAAUUUCUCUGGAGACAAUUGUUGGUGUAGACAUAUCCAGGAAGAGUCUUAGCCGUGCUGCUAAGAUUCUUCAUUCCAAGCUUGCUGCAAACACCGACAUUGCUGUCAAAUCUGCAAUUCUAUACGAUGGUUCCAUCACUGUUCACGAUCCACGGCUGUGUGGUUUUGAUAUUGCCACUUGCUUAGAGGUGAUUGAGCAUAUGGAGGAAGAGGAUGCCAGUCUGUUUGGAGAUGUGGUAUUGAGUUAUUUUCGUCCCAAGAUCCUCAUUGUUUCCACCCCCAACUACGAGUACAAUGUGAUCCUUCAAAAGUCGGCGGGAAGCCAAGAGGAAGAUUCGGACGAGAAAGUCCACUCCCAGACCUGCAAGUUUCGGAACUUCGACCACAAGUUCGAGUGGACAAGACAGCAGUUCAGUGAAUGGGCGUGCCAGCUGGCCGAGAAACACAAUUACAAUGUCGUGUUUGGAGGUGUUGGUGGCACUGAUGGUGUCGAACCAGGGUUUGCUUCUCAGAUUGCCGUUUUCAAGAGCAAGGAGGCGAGGCUUGUUGAGGAAGGAGCGAGUGGCGAUGGCGCUUCUGCAACCGGGAUGGACUCGGAACUAGGGUACAAUGUUAUAUGGGAGUGGAAGAAGAGUAGUGAUGAGCAAUAGGUCCUGGGAUUUUCUGACUUCUCGUAUAUAUGGAAAUCUGUCAAGAUUUAGGGAGGUAGUAGGGUUUGUGGAACUUUGGGUGGUCAAAGGAAUUAUGGAGGCCCAAGGAAAACAUGCCUGACAGGAGCAAGCCAUAACCAUAUGCAAGUACUGGUUUUGCUUAGUUAACUUAUCAACUAUAAGAUCUUACAAAAGUGUAGUUAGUCUUACAAAUACCUGGAAAAGGAAAAGUUUCUUGGCCGUUGUUAUUUUGCUGUUCCAGCUCUUCUCGACACAUUUUCAAACUUGAUAUGAUUGAAAUGAAAACUCAACAAAGGUUGCCC